CAGGACUUCCCUUGGCAGGCCCUGGCACGCCAGAACCCCAGAGCGCGCGCUGGAGGGUAGAGCGGGGAGAAAGAGGAGGAGGCACGCAGGAUGGGCAGCAAGGAAGAUGCGGGCAAAGGGUGUCCGGCGGCCGGCGGCGUCUCCAGCUUCACCAUUCAGUCCAUCCUGGGCGGGGGCCCCUCGGAGGCGCCGAGGGAGCCGGCCGCCUGGCCGGCCAGGAAGCGCAGCCUGUCCGUGUCCUCGGAGGAGGAGGAGCCGGACGACGGCUGGAAGGCACCCGCCUGCUUCUGCCCAGACCCGCACGGCCCCAAGGAGCCCGGCUCCAAGCACCACCCCCCCAUCCCCUUUCCUUGCCUGGGUACCCCCAAGGGCAGCGGAGGAGCGGGGCCGGCGAGCUCGGAGCGCAAGCCUUUCCUUUCUUCUUCGCACCCGGACUUUAAGGAAGAGAAAGACAGGCUCUUGGCCGCGGGCUCACCGUCGCCGGGGCCCGAGCGGCCGCGGGACAGCGGCGGCGCCGAGCGGCAGGCGGGCGCGGCCAAGAAGAAGACGCGCACGGUCUUCUCGCGGAGCCAGGUGUACCAGCUCGAGUCCACCUUCGACAUGAAGCGCUACCUGAGCAGUUCGGAGCGCGCCUGCCUCGCCUCCAGCCUGCAGCUCACCGAGACCCAGGUCAAGACUUGGUUCCAGAACCGCCGCAACAAGUGGAAGCGGCAGCUCUCUGCCGAACUGGAGGCGGCCAACAUGGCGCACGCGUCGGCGCAGACUCUGGUGGGCAUGCCGCUGGUGUUCCGGGACAGCUCGCUGCUGCGCGUGCCGGUGCCGCGCUCGCUCGCCUUCCCCGCGCCGCUCUACUACCCGGGCAGCAACCUCUCGGCCUUACCUCUCUACAACCUCUACAACAAGCUCGACUACUGAGAGCGGCCCGCCGGCCCCGCGCCGCGCGCCCUCCCGCCCGCUCCCCGCCAGGCGGGCGCGGGCUGCCCCCACCCCCCCACUCCGGAGCAGGCGGCGCGUUCCCAGAAAUAUUACUAAAUACACCAUGUGUAUUCAUUAUCUCUUAUUUAUGGCUUCUGCCCUACUUUGGUUUGAUUGUUUCUGGUAUUUAUCGGCAUCCCUCCAGCCAGAUAAUUUGCUCUCUACCCGCCCCCCCAAACAAACCAAUACAUUUUGAAAACCAUUUUGGAGGCGACAUUCUAGGGUGGUGGUCGGACAGGGAGUUUCGGUCAGAUUGACAUUGGCCGGUAGGCCAAAAAAAAAAAAAAAAUCAGGAAAAAACCCCCACCAAACCAGAUACAUUCUUCUCCCCGUAUAUAUACCUGUAUAUAUGCACACGCACACACGGCCGGCCAAGCCAGUCCUUGGGGGCUUUGAACAAUGAUCUCAAUGCCUCUUUCCAUUUCCCUUGUCCCGAGAAUGGAUAGGGGCGAAAGGGGGAUAAAUUUCAGAUCUGUAAAUAUUUUUAAAAAGAAAAAAUAAAACAUUUUAAGC